GACGGUGACGUAAGCGUUACCCGGAAGUGCUACAUUUCAUCCGCAAUGGAGAUGCUGGCUUGUUGGCAAAACAUUUCAAGCUAGCUAUAGAUAUAAAUAAUAAUAAUAAUAAUAAUAGCUUACUGCUGGUAGCUAGUUUUGAUGAAAUGGUUAUAACAAAUAGCAACGUUGGAGAGAGUACGAUGUGGUCAACACGCUAUGAAUUACAACUUGCCUGCUGUAGGCAAUAAGACUCAUGCGAGAAGAUUGUCCGCGCGGCUAACCCUGCCCGCCGACGGUGUUUACAUAUCUGCAAAGUAAGGAUCAGACUAGUUAGGUAGUUCUCUAGAUGUACAUGUUUGCAUAACAAAACCGCGUUCAAGAUAGACCAAUAACUCGUAGCCUUUCCACGUCCUCUGAAAGUCACUCGAAAUGAUUUAGACUGACAUGUCUGUUUUAGACCUCGGUACAGAAAGCUCGAGCUAGAAUUACGACGUGCGGGGAGUUCUAUUUGUCUAGCGAGCCAGAGCCUCAACGCGAACCACAAGUUGUGUCUAGCAAGCAAGCUGAACAGCAACAACACCCUUUUUGUUAUAAAAAUCUGUAACUAUGUCUAUGGACGACUUCACUUCGAUCAGCCUGCUUUCCCUGGCCAUGUUGGUGGGGUGUUAUGUGGCUGGAACCAUUCCCCUGGCUGUCAACUUCUCAGAGGAGAAGCUGAAGCUGGUGACGGUCCUGGGAGCAGGGCUGCUGUGUGGUACUGCCCUGGCUGUCAUCAUCCCCGAGGGGGUCCAUGCCCUGUACGAGGAGGUCCUGGAGGGUGUGCACCACGCCCCUGGCCAGGUGGAGGGGGUGGAGGUCUCCCAGCCCAAGGAAGGUGUGGAUGCAGCUCUGGGGGUCAGUGGGGAGCACAGCCACGAUCACCUCCAUGCCUACAUCGGGGUUUCUCUGGUCCUGGGGUUCGUCUUCAUGCUGCUGGUCGACCAGAUCGGAAGCGCCCACGUACACACCAGUGCUGACGAUCCAGAGUCUGCGAGGGUUGCCAGCUCCAAGAUCACCACCACCUUGGGACUAGUGGUCCAUGCAGCAGCGGAUGGCGUGGCUCUUGGCGCAGCAGCUUCCACCUCUCAGACCAGUGUUCAGCUCAUUGUCUUUGUGGCCAUCAUGCUUCACAAGGCCCCAGCAGCCUUUGGCCUGGUCUCAAACCAAAUGAUUUUCAGUUGGAGCCUGUCCCCUGGUCUCCUUCCUGAUGCAUGCUGGUCCCCUCAGGAACCGGAUCCCCUCAGGACUCCUGUCUGGGACUCCUGUCCUCUGGCAGCACCUGUCCCCCAGGACUCCUUUGUAGGACUCAGCCAGUCCAGCAAAGAGGCACUGUCAGAUGUGAACGCCACGGGCGUGGCCAUGUUGUUCUCUGCCGGGACCUUCCUGUACGUUGCCACGGUACAUGUCCUUCCCGAGGUGGGCGGGACCGGACACAGCCACUCCCCCACACCGGGGAAGGAAACGGCGAAGGGACUGAGCAAGGUGGAGGUUGGGGCUCUGGUUCUGGGCUGUCUGAUACCACUAGUGCUGUCUGUGGGGCACCAGCACUAGAGACACAGACCCAGAGGAGGAGAAGAGAGAUCGGGUAGGAAGGAGGAGGGUCUAGAGGGAAAGCAGCCAAACAGAUCUCUCUCUUGUGUCUUAUGUAUCUGUUCUUUGACUGCUGAUUGGUUGGAGUGGGACAACGACUUGGAUCAAGACCAUUUAAAACCCACGCUGGAAGACACGGGGAUGACGAUGUCAUUAAUGACAACAACUUUCCCACUUUUUCUACGAGAAGUGUUGUCUGUUGACAACAAACUUGUACUUGUUUAAAAAUGAAAUAUAUAUAUUUGAUUUGAUUUUGAGCUCUAGGUAGACUGUACAGACAAGCAAGAGAGUUUGGAUCGUGGUCGUGUCCUGUUUCAGACGAACUGUCGACUGACUCCCGAACUCGUAUUGACGGGAUAUUUGUUUGAAGACUUGGGCUGUAAUAAACUUAAAAACCUAAAUAUUGUGACAUCUUGCAGUAAAAGUUCAGUUGUUUUGAAAUCAGUGAUUUUAAAAAAUAAUAAUAAACUCGCUGGUUUUCAGACACACUUCGAAUAACUUUACUCUCUUACUGUAAGAUGAAAAUGUGAUAGUUAUUUAUGUUCUUGCUAGUGGGAAUCGGGUUAAGUAUUUAGAAGUUUUACAUGUAAGUAGUUACAUUUUCCUAUGACUUUUUGAUCUUACCUAAUGGUUACUUAUAUAUAUCUCUGCUCUACUAGUAAUAUGAGACGUCUGAGAGAAAUGUGUCCGUGAGACUGACCUUUUGUCAACUGAAAGUUAAUGACUGUCUAGCUUCAGUCACAUAAAGGAACGCUUGCCACAGGAUAAGGCCUCUAAAUGAGACACUGAAACAUCUAAACCUAUCACAGCCGUUCUUUCUUUCACAUUUAACCCCUGGACCUGCUUCCCUGGUACAGGAAGUGAAGACGUGAAUGUGGAGUAGAGUGAGGUUGCCACUAUAUGCUGAUCUUUGGUCAGUUUUGUGUGUGUGUGUGUGUCCACUAAUGGUUAAGGACAAAGCUGUACCUAGGGGAAACUUCACUCCUGAGCGAUGAUUGUAUGGAGACAAAAUGGCUACUAGUCUUUUUGACGGUGGUGGUGGUGGUCAAAUAGACUAGUAGCCAUUUUGUCUCCUUACAAUAUGUGAGUAGUCUUUGUACAGUGUAUGAGUAGUCAGAGAGACGCAUUAUAAUGACCUCUGAACUGAGGGACCAGCAUUGUGGAGUGUAGACAGACAGACAGACAGACCGGCAGGCAGACAGACAGACCAGCAGACAGACAGACCAGCAGACAGACAGACCAGCAGACAGACAGACCAGCAGACAGACAGACCAGCAGACAGACAGACCGGCAGGCAGGCAGGCAGGCAGGCAGGCAGACAGACAGACAGACAGACAGACCAGCAGACAGACAGACAGACCAGCAGACAGACAGACAGACCAGCAGACAGACAGACAGACCAGCAGACAGACAGACAGACCAGCAGACAGACAGACAGUUUUGUCUGGACCACUUUGUUUUAAUGAUGUUAUUAGUCACAUGUGUCUCAUCCAACAGGUGUAGACUUUACAGUGAAAUGCUGACUUACAAGCCUUUGACCAACAACGCGGAGUUAAAAAAGUAAGAAAGAAUAGCAAAGUAAGAAGUUUUUUACAAUUCCUGACAUUUAAUCCUCGUAAAAACUCUCUGUCUUAGGUCAGUUAGGAUCACCGGUUUAUUUUAAGAAUGUGAAAUGUCAGAAUAAUAGUAGAGAGAAUGAUUUAUUUCAGCUUUUAUUUCUUUCAUCACAUUCCCAGUGGGUCAGAAGUUUACAUACACUCAAUUAGUAUUUGAUAGCAUUGCCUUUAAAUUGUUUAAUUUAAAUUGCCUUUAAAUUGUUUAACGUUUCGGAGUAGCCUUCCACAAGCUUGUAACUGAAUCAGGUUUUUAAUUUGAUCUUUAUUUAACUAGGCAAGUCAGUUAAGAAUGACAGAUUUGUACCUUGUCAGCUCGGGGGUUUGAACCUGCAACCUUCCGGUUACUAGUCCAACGCUCUAACCACUAAGCUACCCUGCCGCACGUGUGCUCGCACACGCUUUUUCAGUUCUGCCCACACAUUUUCUAUGGGAUUGAGGUCAGGGUUUUGUGAUGGCCACUCCAAUACCUUGACUUUGUUGUCCUUAAGCCAUUUUGCCACAACUUUGGAAGUCUGCUUGGGGUCAUUGUCCAUUUGGACCCAUUUAACUUCCUGACUGAUGUCUUGAGACGUUGCUUCAAUAUAUCCACAUACUUUUCCGUCCUCAUGAUGCCAUCUAUUUUGUGAAGUACACCAGUCCCUCCUGCAGCAAAGCACCCCCACAACAUGGUGCUUCACGGUUGGGAUGGUGUUCUUUGGCUUGCCUCACCCUUUUUCCUCCAAACAUAACGAUGGUCAUUAUGGUCAAAGAGUUAUUUGUCUUUAAUCAGACCAGAGGACCAUCUUCCUUGCUGAGCGGCCUUUCAGUUUAUGUCGAUAUAGGACUCGUUUUACUGUGAAUAUUGAUACUUUUGUACCUGUUUCCUCCAGCAUCUUCACAAGGUCCUUUUCUGUUGUUGUUGUUGUACCUGAGCGGUAUGACGGAUGCGUGGUCCCAUGGUGUAUAUACUUGGGUACUAUUGUUUGUACAGAUGAACGUGGUACCUUCAGGCGUUUGGAAAUUUCUCCCAAGGAUGAACCAGACUUGUGGAGGUUUACAAAUUGUUUUCUGAGAUCUUGGCUGAUUUCUUUUGAUUUUCCCAUGAUGUCAAGCAAAGAGGCACUGAGUUUGAAGGUUGGCCUUGAAAUACGUCCACAGAUACACCCCCAAUUGGCUCAAAUUAUGUCAAUUAGCCUAUCAGAAGCUUCUAAAGCCAUGACAUAGUUUUCUGGAAUUUUCCAAGCUGUUUAAAGGCACAGUCAAUUUAGUGUAUGUAAACUUCUGACCCACUGGAAUUGUGAUACAGUGAAUUAUAAGUGAAAUAAUCUGUCUAAACAAUUGUUUGAAAAAUUACUUGUGUCAUGCACAAAGUAGAUGUCCUAACCGACUUGCCAAAACUAUAGUUUGUUAACAAGAAAUUUGUGGAGUGGGUGAAAAACGAGUUUUAUGACUCGUAUGUUAAACUUCCAACUUCAACUGUACAUGUAUUUAGGGGUGAAGUGACUAGGAUGGAUAAUAAACAAUAGCAGCAGCGUAUGGGAA